ACAAAAUGGCUUCCAACGAGCACACAAAUGUAAAGGAAAAAGAAGAAGCUAAAAGCACUCCUAGAGAUGCCAGGGCGAUGAAAAUGCUACUAAAAGAGAUGGGAGUAGAGGAAUACGAACCAAGAGUAAUCAAUCAAAUGUUGGAAUUUACAUAUCGAUAUGUCACUGAUGUCUUGGAGGAUGCCCGCAUUUACUGCAAUCACGCAAGUAAGAAGGAAAUAGAUGCUGAUGAUAUAAAACUUGCUGUGCAGCUGAGAAUGGACAAUUCCUUUACUAAUCCACCUCCUAGAGAUUUUUUGAUGGAAAUAGCACGACAAAAAAACAGCACACCACUUCCUCUCAUACAGCCAAGAAGUGGAUUACGGUUGCCUCCCGAUCGCUACUGUUUACUUUCUAAUAACUAUCGUGUAAAACAGCAGCAGAAAAAGCACCAGCAAGCAAGAUCAGUUCCAAUUAUACCAGCAAGGUCUAUUCCUCACUAUCCAAUGACAACAAGCUCCCCUGCUAUAAAAAUAACACAACCUAUAGUGAAUGUGUCAUCAGAUAAAGGUCUGGCAACCACAGGUCUGUCACCUUUGUCACUAACAGUGAAGACUGCACAGAAUACUUUGAAAACAACACCGUCAUUGCCUCAAGCAUCCUCAAAUAUCAUCAAUAAUCCCUCUGGUGUACUAUCAGUUAGAAAUUCUAUCUCAAACCAACCAGGCACGGCCAAGGCAGUUACACAGGCAAGCGUGGCUACCUCACAAACUACAAGGCAACAAACAUUUAGCACUUUGAGUACAAUCACGACUCAAGCUUCCCAAUCAAUUACAACUGUAUCAGCUCUGCCAAGUAUGGAUGAAACUGUCGCAAGCAGUUUGCAACAACAAGCUUUAGUUUCGUCUCUGAAAAGAAAGCGAGACGGUGAAGAUGACGACUACGAUGUAUGAAAGAAGCAGUGCAUUAUCUAUGCAUUGGUUGACGAAACAUUAGCGACAACAUAUUCGCACUUUUCGCAAGGUUGGUGAAUGAAGACUGACAUUCCACUAUGAAGACAGCAACUUUAAUUGAACGGAUAAAAAAUUGAUUUUCGCAAGAAAAGAAAAUUUAACUGCCCAUAUUUUGACAGAGUAAAGAUACUUUAGAUACACUUUCUAUGGCCUAUGUUGUAAAAUAUGUGUUGUAAAUUGUCGGCUUAAGAUUUGAUAUUUCUUGCCUAAGUUUUUCAUGUGACUUGUUUCAAGCGUUAAUAAAUAUGGUCAAUUUUUUGAACUUA